AUGCGGAAGAAACUGAGGAGAUGUCCAAUACUGAAGAGAAGGAGCCCAGUACAGAUGAGACUGCUGCUAUCGAAGAGACUCCGGGACGCCGACUACCGAUUGAUCGACCCCCAGAAGCUGAUCAACAUCAACCUCGGCGUUCUUGGACAUGUUGACUCCGGGAAGACUAGUCUCUGCCAGGCCCUGACCCAGGUGCAGUCCACCGCCUGCCACGACAAAAGCCCGCAGUCGAAGUAACGUGGCAUCACCCUUGACCUCGGCUUUUCUGCCGUAUACGCUCAUCGACCGCUGGAGUGGCCUGACGAUCGGCCUCUGGUCCAGCUCACUCUCGUGGACUGCCCGGGCCAUGCCUCUCUGAUAAGGACCGUGGUGGGAGGCGCACAGAUCAUCGACGCCGUGGUGCUGGUGAUCGAUGUCACCAAAGGCAUCCAGACUCAGACCGGCUAGUGCCUGGCCAUCGCGUAGCUACUGGUGCCGAAGCUGGUGGUCCUGCUCAACAAAGUGGACUUGAUCCCCGAGUAAGAGCGAUAGAAGGCGUUGGCCCGCAAGGUAGAGAUGCUGCGCAAGAAUGUGUUUAGCAAGACCCGCUUUGGCCCUGACAUCCCCUUCGUGCCCUUUUCGGCAGUCAGCAAGGACUUGGCCGAGCGGUACUGCGAAGGCCUCGCGGGGGCAGUGCUAGGGUCGCUGCAGCUGCCGCGAAGGAAGCCGUUCGGACCGAUGAUGCUGCUCGCAGACCACUGCUUCAUGCUCAAGGGCAAGGGCUGCGUUUUCACAGGGACUGUCACCCAGGGCCAGCUUCGGGUCAAUGACGAAGUGGAGAUUCCUGAGCACUCGCAGAAGCGGAAGGUCAAGUCGUUGCAGGUGUUCCAUCGGGGGGUGGAUUGGGUCGGCCAGGGCGACAGGGUGGCCAUGAUGACUCAGGCGCUGGAGGGGGACAAGCCUGAGCGGACAGUCCUCUGCACGCCGGGCUUGCUGGCCCGCUUCGAGUCUGCGGUCAUUGAGCUCAACAAAAUUGGCUACUUCAAGCUGCCGAUCAAGACCAAGGGACAGUUCCACAUCAUCAGCGGGCACCAAACCGUCAUGGAGAAAGAGGCUUUCGACUACGAGUUUGACUUCAAAAGGGAGUACGAGGUCCUCGACUCGAUCGAGGAGGCGCAGGCUGACCACACCGUCUUCGCCAGGCUCAAAUUCGAGAGGCCUGUCCUGGGCAAUGUCGGGACCUUCCUUCUCGGAUCGAAACUAGACCUUGACGAGGCUACCAAAGCCUGUCGGCUUGCGUUCCACGGACAUGUCUUACACAUAGAAAAGGUGCAGGCCGAGCUGAAACUGUUCAAGUGGAAGGAAAAGCGAGGAGUGCUGGACCGGCAGGUAGACGAGCAGACGCUGAUCGUGAAGGACAUGUUCGCCAAGGAGGCAGACCUGCACCGACUGACCGGACAGGGAGUGCGGCUGGAGAACGGGCAGCGAGGGGUGGUGGUGGGCCCAUUUGGCAAGAGCGGCAAGCUAAAAGUGCGGCUGGACUCGGCGUUCGCGGGCGAGGACUGCGAGGUGGUGUACCAGUUCCGCAAAUAUUACAAGUGA